CGGCCCCCGCUCCGCGACGGCGUCGCCCGGGCUCCCGGCAACUGGCCGCAAGGGCUUCGCUCACCCUCCGGAGCAGCCCGCCCGCGAGGAAAGGAGAGCCGGGCGGGAGGCAGAGAGCAGACUCCGCAUUUCCAAGAGGCCAGAAAGAGAGGAAGGAAGGAAAAAAAUAACCCGAGCGGCGCAGAGUGGACUCUGGUCCCGGGGAGCACGGCCGGGCGCCGGAACGUGGACCGAGCAGCACCGGAAUGCAAACAAAGCUCGCGGGCGCCGGCGCGGGGCUCGCGGGGAAGCCCGGAAAGUUUGUUUCGUGAUGGCUUGAGUGCGCGGGAGCGUGCGGGCGCGGGGCUGCGAGCGGCUCUCCCGCGGCGCUGUUCGGCGGGGCGACGGCUCUCCUAUGAACCAGCGGGGGCUCGGGGGCUGUGCUGUGGGGGGCACCUGUCUCUCAUUUUAUUAUUUUCAUUUGGGGGGGAGGAGGGGGGAGACUCGUCAUGUCGAAAGUGAUCCAGAAGAAGAACCACUGGACUAGCAGGGUUCACGAAUGCACCGUGAAGCGGGGACCCCAGGGUGAGCUGGGGGUGACGGUGCUGGGAGGCGCGGAGAACGGGGAGUUUCCGUACGUCGGAGCGGUGGCGGCGGAGCUCCCCGGCGGCGGCGAGGGCCCGCGGCUGGGCGCAGGCGAGCUGCUCCUGGAGGUGCAGGGGGUCCGGGUGUCCGGCUUGCCCCGCUACGACGUGCUGGGCGUCAUCGACAGCUGCAAGGAGGCCGUCACCUUCAAAGCCGUCAGACAAGGAGGAAAGCUGAACAAGGACCUGCGACACUUUCUCAGCCAGCGGUUCCAGAAGGGCUCCCCUGACCACGAGCUGCAGCAGACCAUCAGGGACAACCUUUACCGCCAUGCUGUGCCUUGCACGACCCGCUCUCCGAGGGAGGGAGAGGUGCCCGGCGUGGACUACAGCUUCCUGACCGUGCAGGAGUUCUUGGACCUCGAGCAGAGCGGGACCCUCCUGGAAGUGGGCACCUAUGAAGGAAACUAUUAUGGGACACCCAAACCUCCGAGCCAGCCAGUCAGUGGGAAAGUGAUCACGACGGAUGCCUUGCAAAGCCUGCAGUCCGGCUCCAAGCAGUCGACCCCAAAGCGCACGAAGUCCUACAAUGACAUGCAAAAUGCUGGCAUAGUCCUUGCAGAGCAUGAGGAGGGGGAGGAUGUUCCUGAAAUGAACAGUAGCUUCACAGCCGACUCCGGUGACCAAGAAGAGCACGCUGUCCAGGAAGCGGCGCUGCCGCCGGGGAACAGUAGCCGCGUCGCUGCUCCCAUCACGGACCCUUCUCAGAAGUUCCCUCAGUACCUACCUCUUUCUGCAGAGGAUAAUCUAGGUCCUCUACCUGAAAACUGGGAGAUGGCCUAUACCGAGAAUGGCGAAGUCUAUUUUAUAGACCAUAACACAAAAACAACGUCUUGGUUAGACCCUCGGUGCCUGAACAAGCAGCAGAAGCCUCUGGAGGAGUGUGAAGAUGAUGAAGGGGUCCACACCGAGGAGCUGGACAGCGAACUAGAACUGCCUGCCGGUUGGGAGAAGAUUGAAGACCCCGUCUAUGGUAUCUACUAUGUAGACCACAUCAACAGGAAGACACAAUACGAGAACCCAGUUCUAGAAGCGAAACGGAAGAAGCAGAUUGAGCAGCAGCCACAGCCGCAGUCCCAGCAGCCGUCAGAAGAAUGGACAGAAGACCGGCCCUCGCUCGUGCCUCCUGUUGUUCCCAGCCACCCCCCAAGCAAUCCGGAGCCGCCCAGAGACGCUCCCCUUCAGGGCAAACCCUUUUUCACACGAAACCCUUCUGAACUGAAAGGCAAGUUCAUUCACACAAAGCUGCGGAAGAGCAGUCGCGGCUUUGGCUUCACGGUCGUUGGAGGCGAUGAACCUGACGAGUUUCUGCAGAUCAAGAGCUUGGUCCUAGAUGGUCCCGCUGCAUUGGACGGCAAGAUGGAAACAGGAGAUGUAAUUGUCAGUGUGAACGACACCUGUGUUUUGGGACACACACAUGCACAAGUUGUGAAGAUCUUCCAGUCCAUCCCCAUUGGUGCCAGCGUGGACCUUGAACUCUGCCGAGGUUAUCCAUUGCCUUUCGACCCAGAUGACCCCAAUACGAGUUUAGUGACCUCGGUGGCCAUUUUGGAUAAAGAACCAAUUAUUGUGAAUGGGCAAGAGACCUAUGAUUCGCCAGCUAGUCACAGCAGUAAAACAGGCAAAGUCAAUGGCAUGAAGGAUGCCAGGCCAAGCAGCCCAGCCGACGUGGCUUCAAACGGUUCCCAUGGUUACCCCAAUGACACUGUCUCUCUGGCUUCUUCCAUAGCCACUCAGCCCGAACUCAUAACUGUUCAUAUAGUCAAAGGACCAGUGGGCUUCGGUUUCACUAUCGCAGACAGUCCUGGAGGGGGCGGCCAGAGAGUGAAACAGAUUGUGGACAGCCCCAGGUGCCGAGGCCUGAAAGAGGGGGACCUGAUCGUGGAAGUAAACAAGAGGAGUGUGCAGGCCCUGACGCACAACCAAGUCGUGGACAUGCUGAUCGAGUGUCCGAAGGGGAGUGAGGUCACGUUGCUGGUGCAGCGGGGAGGGCUGCCAGUUCCCAAGAAGAGCCCAAAGUCGCAACCACUGGAAAGAAAGGACAGCCAGAGCAGCUCCCAGCACAGCGUUUCCAGCCACCGAAGCCUGCACACGGCGUCCCCCAGCCACAGCGCACAGGUGCUCCCCGAGUACCCACCUGCAGAGGCCCCCGCUGCAGAUCAGGCCGACAGCUCUGGGCAGAAAAAACCAGAUCCUUUUAAAAUCUGGGCCCAGUCCAGGAGCAUGUAUGAAAGCCGACCUAUGUCACCUUCGCCUGCAUCGGGACUGAGCAAGGGGGAAAGAGAGAGAGAAAGCAAUUCCACGAGUUUUGGAGAAUGUCAGAUUCCAGAUUACCAAGAACAGGACAUCUUUCUCUGGAGAAAAGAGACUGGAUUUGGAUUUAGGAUUCUGGGUGGAAAUGAACCAGGGGAACCUAUUUAUAUCGGUCACAUCGUGCCACUGGGUGCUGCUGACACCGAUGGCCGCCUGAGGUCUGGGGACGAGUUAAUCUGUGUGGACGGGACGCCGGUCAUUGGGAAAUCGCACCAGCUUGUGGUGCAGCUUAUGCAGCAAGCGGCCAAGCAGGGCCAUGUCAACCUCACCGUGCGGCGGAAAGUGGUGUUUUCAGUUAACCUUCUCUUUCCCUUUUCAACCCUUUUUCUCCUCCCUGUACUAUAUUCCCACGUAACUUUAAAAAAAUUAAAACUCAAUAUCAAAGCAGGCAAUGCAUGUGUGGCUAUGCCUCACAAAAUAGGUCGGAUUAUUGAGGGGAGCCCUGCUGACCGAUGUGGCAAGCUGAAAGUAGGAGACCGGAUCUUGGCAGUAAAUGGAUGUUCCAUCACCAACAAGUCCCAUUCAGACAUUGUCAACCUAAUCAAGGAAGCGGGAAACACAGUUACCCUCCGCAUCAUUCCCGGGGAUGAGUCCUCGAACGCCACCUUGCUGACCAACGCCGAGAAGAUCGCCACCAUCACCACCACACACGCCCCUUCCCAGCAGGGGGCCCAGGAGGCCAGGAACACCACCAAACCAAAGCCAGAAUCGCAGUUUGAGUUCAAAGCACCCCCGGCCACACAGGAGCAGGAUUUUUACACUGUGGAACUGGAAAGAGGAGCCAAGGGAUUUGGCUUUAGUCUUCGAGGGGGCCGAGAGUACAACAUGGACCUCUAUGUUCUGCGCUUAGCAGAGGAUGGUCCUGCCGAAAGGUGUGGAAAGAUGAGGAUCGGUGAUGAAAUUUUAGAGAUCAAUGGUGAAACCACCAAAAACAUGAAGCAUUCUCGGGCUAUAGAACUGAUUAAGAAUGGUGGCCGCAGAGUGCGUCUGUCUCUGAAGCGGGGAGACGGCUCAGUACCAGAAUAUGGUGGGUCAAACUAUGAAAACAUUCCUUCCUUCCCUGGCAUGACUCCAUGACUCUGUCUCCAGAGCUGCAGCAGGAAAGUCUUUUGUUUCCCCUCUUCACCAGUGUCUUACCAGCCUUUCGCACCAUGUGAUUAUUUGCCUCGCUUGUUCUGAAAUCUACACAUUCCAUCCUUUUGCUUGCUUACGUGGACUGGGGCAUGGCCUAAGACAAGAUCUUUAUAGCCCCCUUUCUGAUAAUCAGAGAAAACAUUUUGUCUAGUCCGACCAAGAGCGAAGGAAUGAUUGUUUGAACUGUGCCAAACUGUUUCUCAGAUCCAAUUGUUAGCACAAAAUGACUAUACUUUUAAGAAGCAGGAAAGCAGGUUUCCUGAAUGAUACGUUGAGGCACAAAUCUUUUUUUUUUCUUUUGUGGUUACUGGAUGUCUUACUUAUGAGACAUGAAAUUUUGAGAUGAUUUGGGAGCCUUGCUCACCUCCUUUAUGCUCCGUAUACAACACUUCUGCGUCCCCCCUCCGGUCCCUGCCCCAAAUCAGACUACCUGAGCCCACUACUAUAAAACAGACAAAACUGGUGAUAUGUUAGCCAUACGUUUUUAAAUGAUAAAGGAUGGAAUAGAUUCCCAGUGCUCAUCAUGAGGGAAACACGUGACUAUACCUUUCCUAUGGGGAAAGCCAGAUUAUGCAUAGAGUUCUUUUGUCAUAUCUAUAGACAUGAUUUGACUGAACAGCAGUGAUCUUUACAUAGCUUAGAGUCCUCAUGGCAAAAUAUUGUAUAUUAUAAUAAUUAUGUCCUAUUUAUUUGAGAUUGUUUAAAAUUAAAAAA